AUGUCAUUAACUGUAAAGCAUCUCAAUGCUGAUACCACAUUUCUCCUUACCUUUGACCCCGACGAGGGCGACUCAGCUUAUCGAGACCACAAAUCAUCCCCUUCAUUUACAAUACUUGUCGACCCAUGGCUAGUGGGGCCCUCCGUCAUCGGCCAUCGCUGGUUUGUGUCUUCCGAACACAGUGUGCAGCCAUGCAUAAACCAUCUCUCUCAGCUCGAUCAAGAGCCCGAUCUGGUCAUUGUAUCGCAAGACAAUCCAGAUCAUUGUCAUGAAUCUACACUAUGUCAAUUACCCAGAAAAUCAUCCAAGACGAGUAUUGUGGCGGUUCCUAAGGCGGCAGAGACCAUCCAAAAUUUUGAUCAUUUUCAUCGUACCAAAAUCGUUGCUAUUCCCGAAUACAGCCCCAAGAGACCGGAGUCAAUUUUGCAUUUUUCGAUUAACCCAUUAACGCAGACGGGAGAGGCAGGCGAAGUGACAAUUGCUUUGGUACCCGCACGAGAUCUGGCAGGGGUUCAUAAUGCAAUUGGGAUCAAAUAUCUAGCUCCCACAGCGGGGCCGUGUUCUGAGCCCUUUUCAACUAUCAAUCUCCCACCACGAGAUCCCCCUAUUCAUGGAGUGCUUCAGCCAGCUCAGGACUUAUCCGGGAAGCGGGAAGGGGCCGAUAAGCGCGUUCCAUCGGAGCCGAUAUCAUCACCAACAAACAUUGUUCCCAAUCCAAAAACAUCUCCGAAUCUUCGAUCAAGUAUAAUGUCAAAACCUACCCUGUCCCUACGCCCGCGUUCGCAUAAACAAAGUCAACGGCAAAAUGACUUUAGUGUUGAAAUCCCCCCUCUCGCUCGCGAAUCUCUAACCGCCACUGCUCCAACAGCAUCCUCAUCCCAUCUGCCCUCACUAAAAUGUAAAAAUGGCGAUUCUACAAGCCAUGCAUCCCCUAUCUGCUCACCGGAAGCACAUCCUCCCUCUUUGGAUUUGCCAUCUGGAUCCCCAUCUACACCCAUGGUGGAAUCUCCAUCCUCAACAAAUCGGGUAUCUCAAGCCGAGACCAGCACUGAAUUCACAACUUUCUCCUCCGCUCCGUCCACAGCCGCCGCUGAGGUAUACCAAUCAGCCUCCAGCCGACGUCCAGCCCCCAUCUCCAUCCUCUACACUCCUCACGGCCUCCCCGCAAGUCCCGCACUAGAUAAAUUUAUCUCAAAUUAUCUACACAUAGAUACCAACACCUCUGCCUCGCAACCUCUAACACUGCUAAUCCACGCGUUUCACUGCGUGCAAAACCCGUGGUAUCUAGGCGGAAAUAUUAUUGCGGGCGCAAAUCGCGGCGGUGUGACCUUGGCGAAGAAACUACGGGCGAAAUGCUGGAUUGGUGCGCACGAUGAAGAAAAGAUCACUGGUGGGGUGGUUUCGAAGUUUGUAAAGAUAGAGAAGGGGAUGGUGGGGGAUAUCAGGAGGAUUGUGAGGGAGGGAGGGGUAGAGUGCGAUGUUCGGGAAUUGGGGGUUGGAGAGGAGAUUAUUUUAAAGGGAUAG